CUGAACACGAACGUUGAUGGGAAGCAGAAGCGCAUGUUCGCCUUUACCUCUAUCAAAGGUAUUGACCGUCGCUUCACCAAUAUCGUUUGCAAGAAGGCCGACAUCGACAUUAACAAAAGGACUGGCGAGCUUUCUGCUGCUGGACUUCAGAAUAUGAUGACAGUUGUUGCGAGCCCACGCCAGUUCAAGAUUCCUGAUUGGUUCUUGAACAGGAAGAAAGAUUACAAAGAUUGCAGGUAUUCUCAGGUUGUUUCAAAUGCCUUGGACAUGAAGCUGAGGGAUAACCUUGAGAGGUUGAAGAAGAGAAGGGCAAAAUUGAUGUUCGUCUCAAAAUAUGACCCAAGCAGCUACUUCGACAGUGAAUUGAUACUUGUUCGUCGCCAAUCUCUCCACCUUCCUGCUAAUAAUUCCCAAGCAGACUCAGGCCAUUGCCGACAACCGCAAAAAGAACCAAAUUUUUGCAAUCUUUCCUCUAUAAUCAACGAUGUGAGCAACAAAGUUCGUUCUGGCCUUCUUAUCGAUGCGCGUGCUUUGCUGGAUUCAGCAGUCAGCAAGUAUACAGAGAGAGUUGCAUCUCAACAUGCAUCGAUUGUGGAGGUGCUUCUCAGCACUUACGAAGCAGUUUUUCCCGAUCAUCGUGUUUUUGAUCUUUUGCUGCAGUUGUAUUCGAAAAAAAGAAUGACCAAUGAAGCGUUUGAUGCUUGCAGAUACAUGGGAGAUCAUGGGCUGGACGCUAAUAUAAUUAGCUUUAACACAAUGCUUCAUGUUUCACAGAGAUCUGAUCAGAAUAAUUUGGCUUGGAAGAUCUUUGAAUAUAUGUUUGCAAGAAGAAUAUACCCAAACCAAACAACGACUGAAGUUAUGAUUGAUGUGAUGCUCAAGGAAGGGGUUUUGCCAAAGAUCAUUGAGGAGGAUAGGGUUGAAGAAGCAAUCACUCUUUUGAAUAGAAUGCUGCAAAGAAACAUGAUGUUUGAUGAUAUUGCAUACUCUUUGGUUGUAGCUAGCUAUUGCAAGUUGUGCAAACUGGACUCGACACUUCAAUCCAAGGACGAAAUGAUCAACAGGGGAUGCAGCUUGAAUUCAUAUGUUUACACUUGUCUAAUAGGAUUUUAUUCCGAGGAAGAAAGAAUCGAAGAGGCUGUUCAAAUAAUGGAAGAGAUGGUGUCAAUAGGACUGAAACCAUAUAACGAGACAUAUAAUCAUCUGAUAGUUGGUCUGUCGAGAAAUGGGUGGACAAAUCAGUGCUUGAGAUAUAGUGAAAAGAUGCUUGAAGGUAGAUUUUUGCCUAGUCUUGGCACUUACAAUGAGAUGAUAAAGACACUCUGCAUAGCAGGAAAUAUUGAGGAAGCCAACAGAACUCUGACAUCUUUAUUAAACAUGGGGCUUGUCCCUGAUCAGGAAAUAUAUUUGAUUCUAAUUUAUGGCUAUGGAACUACUGGAGAUUGUCAGAAAAUCAUUACACUUUACUAUGAGAUGGUGUAUAUGGGUCUUGAGCUCACUGAUCAUGGCCAUGUCGAGAAUCAAGAACCUGCAAGUGUCACUACAAUUGAAGAAAUUCUACAAGAUGAGCAUGAUCCUGUGGAGAAGCAGAGCGUAUCAGUGCUAGUAAGAAUGGAAAACAACCUCUACAAGAUCUCCUUGAAUCUGGCAGCUCAACAUCAUUCCUACAGUCCUGACUGCUCCAGUUGUCAUAAGUUCACAAGCACACAGCGAACUUCCCUUGCGCGGAAGCAAUCUCUCGCUACUGUGCAAUAG